CCGCCCGGGAUGCGAGCGCCGCUGAAGCUGCUGCUGCAACAACCUCACUCGCGUGAUUCCACGAGCGGGCGUCACGCACAUUUCUCCGGCUCAUUUACAUACAUAACGCCGCCCAGGGGGACGAACAUGAUAAUCUACCAUCGAUUGAAAGCUAACCGUGCGAAGGGGAGAGGGAAAAAAACAGCAGAGAGAAAAAGUUUAGACGAGAGAGAGAGGUGUUUUAACAAAAGCGAAAGAAGUGGUUUCGAGUAGAGACGGAGAGAGGCGCUCGUCGGGCUCUUUGCCCCACUUUUAUUUUUUGGGAUUACGGAUAUGGACGCUUUGAAAUCCGCUGGAAGGGCAAUUAUACGGAGCCCCAGCAUCGCCAAACAGUCGUGGGGUGCGGGCAGACAUAAAAAGCUUCCGGAGAACUGGACGGACACGAGGGAGACCCUCCUGGAGGGCAUGGUGUUUCAGCUCAAGUACCUGGGGGUCACGAUGGUUGAGCAGCCCAAAGGAGAGGAGCUGUCUGCGGCUGCUGUCAAGAGGAUAGUGGCCACGGCCAAAGCCAGCGGAAAAAAACUCCAGAAAGUCACGUUAAAGGUCUCCCCGCGAGGAAUCAUCCUUUACGACAGUGCCUCCAACCAGCUGAUAGAAAACAUCUCCAUAUACAGAAUAUCAUAUUGCACGGCAGACAAGAUGCACGACAAAGUGUUUGCCUACAUCGUCCAGAGCCAACACAACGAGACCCUGGAGUGUCAUGCCUACCUCUGCCCCAAGAGAAAAAUGGCCCAGGCGGUAACCCUAACGGUGGCGCAGGCUUUCAGAGUGGCGUUUGAAUUCUGGCAGGCUGCCAAGGAAGAGAAGGAGAAGCGAGUGAAGUCAGGUUCAGACGGAGAAGGAGCCAGCAACUCUCAGUCGGACAGCUCGGCCAGCCUGGGCAGCCUGAAGGGAGGAGAGGUAGCUACAGGAACCCUUUUGGAUUUGGCAGAGGGAGCCAACGUGGCGCUGGUCCACUCAGGAACAAAGCAGACCGAAUCGGAUCCCUUUAUGGUGCAUAAUCACGCAACAGAGAACAACAAUACUGUAUGGGAAUUGGAGGAUGGUCUGGACGAGGCUUUUUCAAGACUCGCUGAGUCUCGCACUAACCCCCAGGUCCUGGACAUUGGGGUAAACCCUCAGGACUUCAACACUGAAGAGUGCCUGUCCCCAGACAAAUGGGACCAAGAGGACACAGACUUCACUGCACAAAAAGACACUUUUGGGUUUUAAUGUGAAGCCUCUGCCAAGAAGGAAAAACAGGGAAAGAUGAGGAGAAACGGUGGUAAAACAUUGGUCGGAAACUGAAGUGACUAAACGGACAUUUGUGACAUCAGUGAGGUUUCCCACCUUCUCUCUGCUGCCAAGUCGUCUCAGUGGUGCAGCCUAGUGGCUUUCUGAUGCUUCUGCAUCUACAUGACCGGACAACACGAGGACAACACGAGCAGGCUGCUCACAGAACAGGCCAAAGCAAUACAAAACAAUUUAUCCCUUUUCUAUGGAAAAACAUGCAGUCAUUUAACGUUUGUUACAGUCAGUGUAUUACUUCCUCUUUUUUUUUUUCUUUUUUUUUUCUGGUGUGUGUGUGUGUGUCCGUUUACCCAUUCACUGUUCGUAAUGUGUUUGUGGUACGUGUUUGUGUACGUCGCAUUAAAGAAAGUGUGUGUGUGUGUGUAUGUUUGGAUGUACGGUAUAUAAAUGUACAAAGUGAGAUAUGAGAUGUUGAGUUUGGAACAGUUUGUCACUUGUCAUCAAGGUCAACAGGGGUGCUGUCACAUGUUUGAUUUACAGAGAGAUUAUGACUGGAUUGGGGGGGGGACCCACCAAAGCACCAGUUCCAGUAUUGGGCAAAACAAAGUUACUACCUAUGUGCUUCAAGGACUUUUCGUUGGGCAACAAAAGCUUUAAAAAAAAAAAAAUAAAAAAAAAGUGUGUACGUGUUGGUCAACGAGUGUUUGUGUGAAAAAUGGAUGAGAACAAAAUGACAAUCUUAUUUUUUUUUCUAAUGCAAAAUCUAUUUUUGCACUCACCGAGUUUUGAAAAGCACAUUUUAUUUGAGGGAAUUUAACGUCAAUAAGUGUCCAGCUCAUUAUUUAGGCUCCUACACAGUGCCACGAUUCACGCUUACCCUUGGACUUUUUACAUUCUUAUUGUUUUACAACUAGCAGUGGAUUCAUCCAGUUUUCCCAGCAUUGUAGAGAAAUGUGAAUCUCCAAAAAGCAACAAAUUUCAAAGGCAGUUGUUCAUAAUUCCCACUCUGGCUCAUAGACCAGACCUGUUUGGUAAAGGGAAGUUUUGUUUUCAAUUUAACAUUAUAGUUUAUUUCUUUUCUUUGACCUCGUCAA